GUCCCCGGGGCAAACUUAGCUCGGAAGUCAGAGCGCCUCAUAACCUUCGAAAGGUUGGCCGGAAUACUACGCGAAUUGUUCAUUGUCAACAAAGGGGAAGAAAGUCUGCUGAAUACUACUGGUACCUACCUCAACCACCAAUUACUUAUUCCACAAAACGUGCUGUGUCCCCUUUUAAAAAGAAUGACGACCCCAUACGCCCCCGGCCGCCUCGACGGCAAGGUCGCCCUCGUCACCGGCUCCGGGCGCGGCAUCGGCGCCGCCAUCGCGGUGCACCUCGGCCGUCUCGGCGCCAAGGUGGUGGUCAACUAUGCCAACUCGGCCGAGCACGCGGCCAAGGUGGUCGACGAAAUCAAGCGGCUGGGCUCGGACGCGGUAGCCAUCCAGGCCGACGUGCGGCACGUGGCGCAGACGGCCAAGCUCUUCGACUCGGCCGUGGCGCACUUCGGGCGGCUCGACAUCGCCGUCAGCAACUCGGGCGUCGUCAGCUUCGGCCACCUCAGCGAGGUGACCGAGGCCGAGUUCGACCGCGUGUUCGGGCUCAACACGCGCGGGCAGUUCUUCGUCGCGCGCGAGGCCUACCGCUGCCUCCGCGAGGGCGGGCGCAUCAUCCUGAUGUCGUCCAACACGGCCCAGACGUUCAGCGUGCCGCGCCACAGCCUGUACUCGGCCUCCAAGGGCGCCAUCGACGUCUUCGUGCGCACGCUCAGCAAGGACUGCGGCGACCGCAAGAUCACGGUCAACGCGGUCGCGCCCGGCGGCACCGUGACCGACAUGUUCCACGCCACCUCGCACCACUACAUCCCCGGCGGCGAGAACUACUCGGCCGAGCAGCGCCAGCAGAUGGCCGCCCGCGUCUCGCCCCUCAACCGCAACGGCUAUCCCGAGGACGUGGCGCGUGUCGUGGGCUUCCUGGCCAGCGACGAGGCCGGCUGGGUCAAUGGCAAGGUCAUCACGCUGGACGGCGGUGCGGCGUGAUGGAUCAUGGAAGUACGAUCGUGCUAGUUUGGGAUUCUGAUAGUAGUAGACUAUUAGAGUUUUGACAAUAUAUUUAUUAUUCGC